ACGCAUGCGCAGACUUGUGCGCAGGUACACACGCGGGAAAGGCGCGCUCUAAAACUCCCAGUUUUUGCAGAGUUCUCGGUGGCGAAAGAGACUUGAGGAGUGUGUUGGGCCAGAAGAAAUGGUGAAAGUGGACUCGGCGGCCUUCGUGAGCAGGCUGGAGAGGCUCUACAGCCACUGGGAGGGAGUAGACGAGGAGAGGGAGGAGCUGUGGGGAGAGGCGGACGCCCUCGUGGUGGUGGUGGGCAAGGACGACGUCCUCUACUCCAAGUCGACCACUCUACACCUGUGGCUGUUUGGAUAUGAGCUGGCUGACACUCUCUGCAUCUUCUGUGCGAAUGAGAUCCACAUCCUGAGCAGCAAGAAGAAGAUAGAAUUUAUCAGGCCGUUGCAGGAGGUGCUAGCUUCGCGAGCCGACCUCCCUAAACUUUCGCUCCACACCAGAUCCAAAGGAGAAAAUGAUGCCGAGCAAUUCCAGACAUUAGCUGGAGUCAUCAAAGACAGCAAGAGAGGGAAGAAGAUUGGGGUAUUCUCCAAGGACAAUUUCACGGGGUCGUUUGUGGAGGGAUGGCAGACGGCUCUGCGAGAGGUGAAGGUUACGCAGGUCGACGUGAGUUCUGCGUUUGCCUUUGCCUGUGCUGCCAAGGACGAGGCUGAAGUCUCCACCGUGAAGAAAGCCUGUCAGGUCACGUGUACAGUCUUCAGUAAAUACGUGAAGAAAGAAAUUGUGACAAUCGUCGACGAAGAAAAGAGAGUGAAGCACUCCAAGCUAGCUGAUGGUAUUGAGCAGGCCGUCUCAGAGACCAAAUAUCUACCCCCUGGAUUGGACGCGGACUCUCUGGAGAUAUGCUACAGCCCCAUCAUUCAGAGCGGAGGUCAGUACCAGCUCAAGUUCAGCACUGUCUCCUCCGACGAGAGACUCCAUUUUGGCACCAUUGUCUGCUGUCUCGGUGUCCGCUACAAGUCGUACUGUUCCAACGUCGUGCGGACCAUGUUUGUGGAACCUACAAAAGAGAUGCAGGACAACUACACCUUUCUCCUGUCAGUCUAUGAGACGAUUCUGAGCUCACUGAAAGAAGGAGUGAAGCUGUGUGAUGUGUACAACGCUGCCCUGGAGAUGGUGGAAAGAGAUAGACCUGAACUAAAGGACAACUUCACCAGAAAUGCCGGGUUUGUGACAGGGAUUGAGUUCAGAGAGAGUUCGCUGCUGCUGAGCCCCAAGUGCCAGCUACCCAUCAGGAAGGGGAUGCUUUUCAACGUCAACAUUGGUCUGGCCGGACUCACCAACCCUGAGGCACAGGAUACUGCUGGCAAGACUUACUCCCUCUUCAUUGGAGACACUGUCCUUGUUGCUGAGGAUGGUCCCGCAGUUGAAUUGACUGGCGUUUCAAAGAAAAAGAUGUCAAGCAUUGCCAUCUUUCUUGGGGACGAAGAUAAGGAACAGGAGAAUGGACCCGGACCUGACAUAGAGGAGCAACUUAGCAAGAAGUUCCUCACAAACAGAACACGAAUGGAGCCCGCCUCGGAGGACAGGAGGAUGAAGAGACAGAAGGAACUGGCCAAACGAGUUAAUGAGGAAGCCAUGAAGAGAUUCCAGGACCACAAAGACGAACAGAUCUCAAAGAGACCAAAGUUGUCGUCGAAUGUUGCGUACAAACAUGUUUCGUCUGUUCCGAGAGAUGCUGAGGUUCAAAACUUCCGCAUCUUUGUUGACCGCAAGUACGAGGCAAUAGUACUGCCAGUCCAUGGAGUCCCCCUUCCUUUCCACAUAUCCACCAUCAAGAACAUCAGUAAAAGCGAAGAAGGUGACUAUGUGUAUCUUCGUAUCAAUUUCUUCUUCCCUGGAAGCUCACUGGGUCGAAUCGAUGGCGUUGCAUUCCCCAAUCCUGACGCCACCUUUGUCAAAGAAAUGUCGUACCGAGCUAGCUCCACGCACGGAGUCAGCGCGGCGUCCAGUCUGGUGAACGUGUUCCACACCAUCAAGGAGGUCCAGAAGAGGUUCAGGACGAGGGAGCAGGAGAAGAGGGAGCUGGAGGGGGUCGUGGAGCAAGAGGCACUCGUCCUCAACACGAUGAAGGGGAACCCCCGUCUGAAGGACCUGUACAUGAGACCAGUCAUUGGUUCCAGGAGGGUCCAGGGGACAUUGGAGGCCCAUACAAAUGGUCUGAGGUACACGACCCUGAAGGGGGACAAGGUUGACCUGGUCUACAACAACAUAAAACAGGCCUUCUUCCAGCCGUCACGCAGCGAGAUGAUCGUACUUCUCCACUUCCACAUGAAGAGUCCCAUCAUCAUAAGUAAGAAGAAGCACCGAGACAUACAGUUCUACACCGAGGUGGGAGAGAUAGUGACAACUCUCGGACGGACGCAGCACAUGCACGACAGAGACGACCUCAUGGCCGAACAAGCAGAGAGGGAACUCCGCGCAAAGCUGGACAAUGCCUUUGACAACUUCCGGAAGAAGGUGGAGGCCUUGCCACAGUGUCGGGUCACGUUUGAGAAACCGUUCAGGGAACUCGGGUACGUUCUUGCUGGACCCAGUUUAGAGGUUGACACAUGUGUCAGUGAUCAAGAGAUUUUACCAGCCAUGUUCCAUGGAGUUCCACAUCGCAGUACGGUGCUGCUCCAGCCAACCACUCACUGCCUCGUGAACCUCACUGAGCAACCUCCCUUCAUUAUAGUCCUUGACGAGGUGGAACUGGUCCACUUCGAGAGAGUCCAGUUCCACAUGAGGAAUUUCGACAUGGUGUUUGUGUUCAAAGACUACAAGAAGAAGGUUGCCACGGUGACGGCUAUCCCGAUGACCCAGCUUGACUCCAUUAGAGACUGGCUCAAUUCGUGUGAUAAGAAGUACACUGAGGGGAUUCAGAGCUUGAACUGGACUAAAAUCAUGAAGACAAUUAACGACGAUGUCGAAGGUUUCUUCAGUCAGGGAGGUUGGAGCUUUCUCGACCCUUCUAGCGAUCAAGAGGAAGCGGAGGAGGAUUCUGAGAUGUCAGAUGAGUAUCAUCCGUCUGACGCCUCCACUGUCGUCAGUGGAGGGGAGGAAGAGGACAGUGACGAAGAUUACACUUCGCUCUCCGAGGGAGACUCCUCAGAUUAUGAGGAGGAAGAGAGUGAGGAGAGUGGUAAGGACUGGGAUGAGCUGGAGGCUGAGGCGAGGAGAGCUGACAGGGAAGAUGCCCAGUUGGAUCGCCCAGAGGAAGAGAGCUCGUCACUGUCCAGGAAGAGACCGGCGCCGUCAAAGAAGGGCUCCACCUCCAAGAAGAUGAAACUACGUAACGGAACGCAGCCGAUGGCCGAAGACCCAGCGGAGGCCGAGCGACAGGAGCUGGGGUUUUUUCAGGAGACGGUGCAGGGGAAGUCGCUACGUGUGGUGGAGAGAGCGGUCCCCAGCUCCGAGGUGUGUGUUUUCCUGGUUCACGGAGGAGGAGGCAGGGCCGGCCAGUUCAAACACCAGAUACGGCGCCUGGAGAAUGAUUAUAACGUAGUGGCGCUGGAUUUCUUAGGACACGGAGAUAGCCCCGCCCCCAAUGAGCCACGCCUCUACACCGCCGAUGAGCAUCUGGAGGACCUGAAGGAAGUGUAUGAGGUGCACAAGAAGGAGCAGAAUGUGAUAAUCAGUCAUUGCUACGGAGCGGUCCACACCCUCCAUCUGAUAAAGUGGCUAAGAGGCAAAGGGAGGGCUGCUGAAGUGGUGGGUGUGGUUAUGAUGUCACUGGGUGCCAGAGCCCCUGCCUCCAUUGGCCUACUGGGGAAAGUCCCUGCUUUUGUCCUAGAGUGGCUGAGACCUCUGGCCAGAGCCUCCUCCAACAGAGCUCUGUUCACUCCACACACUGACCCAACCCUCAUCCAGUCUGAGAACUUCAUGUCCAACAACAAUAGGAUGUACGUCAUGAAGGUGAUUGGUGCAGACUGUAGCGACAAUGAGAUGUGGACUGCGGCCAUUUGUGAAGGAGCCGAGGCCCUAGGAGAUAUUCCUCGCAUAUGUCUCUACGGGACAGAGGACGGAGUAUUCCCUGAACCCACAUGUCAGGAGGCUGCAAAGACCCUGGGCGUGGCAGAGGGACGAUGCCACCCUCUGGAGGGGGCGGGGCACCUGUGCAUGCUUGAGGCUCACAAACAAGUCUCGGACAUCUGCCAGAGAUUUAUUGCCGAACUAACAUCAGAUUAAUUUUCAAAACAGUCAAUGAAUCUGAAAUUAAAUGUGUGUCUCUAUUGAAAACUCACAGCAAGCAAGCUGUCACACUUUGUAAACUUAAAACCAAAGUCAUUUGUAUUGAAACUACCGGCUGGCAGUUUGUAUUUCAGUGUUCAGUUUGUAUAGAAAAUAGACGUGUUUGUUGGGCAGACAAACGGCUCCUUGAAAUCAAAUGUU